CGCCCGUGUCUCCACAGGAUCAGGCGCACAUGUUGGGUGUGUUGUGUUGAGGAUUGCAGCGAUAUUACAGCAUUUAGCAAACCUCUGAGCACUGUCACGUUGCUGUUUGCUCUCUAACCACCACAGAUACAAUGCGAUAAGCUUCACAGUCAAUGAGAAGUCAUUAAAAAAUCGGUUUCAUUGUAGAAAAACACUUGCGGCGAGGAGGCUGACACGUUUCCAAAAGCGUGGCAGGAAACAUCUACUGUUCCCCGGACUGAAGGCUUUGCGGCUCACUGCGCCACCAUGAGUUCGAAGGUGUGCAGGAACUGCGGCAGCACGGACAUCGACGUGGACCAGGCCCGCGGAGAUGCCGUCUGCAUGACCUGCGGCUCCGUGCUGGAGGACAACAUCAUCGUCUCCGAGGUGGAGUUCGUGGAGACGGGGGGCGGAGGCUCGUCGGCCGUCGGACAGUUUGUCUCCUCUGAGGGAGGAAAUAUCAACCCGAGUUUUGGAGAGAAUAACCACUACCAGGGCAUGGGCAGGGAGUCCAGAGCUCAGACGGUGCAGAGAGCGAGACACAGCAUCAACACUCUGGGUCACCAGCUGCAGAUGAACAAACACUGUCUGGACACGGCGCUCAACUUCUACAAGAUGGCGCUCACCAAACACCUGACCCGCGGCCGCAAGUCGGCCCACGUCAUCGCUGCGUGUCUCUACCUCGUCUGCCGCACAGAGGGAACGCCACACAUGUUGCUGGACCUCAGUGAUCUCCUGCAGGUGAACGUCUUCAUCUUGGGAAGAACGUUCCUCGCACUGUCAAGAGAGCUCUGCAUCAACGCCCCGGCUAUAGACCCGUGCCUGUACAUCCCUCGCUUCGCACAGCUGCUGGAGUUUGGGGAGAAGAACCACGACGUGUCCAUGACGGCGAUGAGGCUGGUGCAGAGGAUGAAGAGGGACUGGAUGCACACGGGACGAAGGCCGUCGGGACUCUGUGGAGCAGCUCUUCUUGUAGCCGCUCGUAUGCACGACUUUCGCCGCACCAUCAAAGAAAUCGUCGGCGUUGUAAAAGUGUGUGAAUCCACGCUAAGAAAACGACUGAUAGAGUUUGAGGACACGCCCACCAGUCAGCUGACCAUCGAGGAGUUCAUGAAGAUGGAUCUGGAGCAGGAGUGUGACCCGCCCUGCUUCACAGAGGGUCUGAUCAAGAAGAAAGUCAAAAAUCUGGAGAUCGAGCUGAGAAAGAAGAUGGAUGAAGUGGAAGAUGAGAUCAGUGGCUACCAAGAUGAAAUAGACGCAGAGCUCGAGUGCGCACGACCCAAACUGAGAGGAGUGUACGCUGCAUACGCUAAAGAAGUCGUUGUAAAUGAGGAACCCAACUCCACUCCUAAGACUGAAGAGUGUGAGGACACCGAAGAAGAGGACGUUCUUAAGGCCGUGGCCAAGCACUUUGGCAAAGACAUGGAAGAGCUCACACUGGAGGCUCUGCUGAAACUGGAGCAGAGGAAGCUGGGGCAGGAAGAGCAGAACGACCAGGAGCUUGAGGGGGACAUCCCAAAGAGAAAAGCCCCAUCGCUAGAGUCCAUCCUGGGCCCGAUGCCCACGGCCGCCACGCUCGGCCUCCCCGAGUCCAUCAGCAGCUGCAUCAAAGACGGGAAGGAGAACGAUGGCGAUGCUGAAAGCGGGGAACUGGACCUGAGUGGGAUAGAUGACACGGAGAUAGAGCUGUACCUGCUGAGUGACACUGAAAUUAAAGUGAAGACGGCGCUCUGGAUGGCGGACAACUCGGACUACCUCAAAGAGCAGAAAGAGAAGGAGGCAAAGAUAGCGAAGGAGAAGGCGCUGGGGAUCUACAAAGAAAGGAAGCCCAAAGGACCAAAGAGAAAGUACCCUCCGAUCUCAGCCAGCACCGCAGACGAGGCCAUCGGGAAGAUGCUGGAGCAGAAGAAGAUCUCCUCCAAGAUCAACUACGACGUCCUGAAGGACCUGAACAUCAAGCCCUGCCCCAGCCCCGCCCGCGUGCCCCUGACCCCGAAGAAGGAACCGUCCGCCACCAAACUCACCGGGCGAAACCGCAAUCCUGUGAGAGCUCCACUCAGCCUCAGCACGCCGCUCAGCACCCUGGGAAAAAGGUUGCAGCCUUUUAUCACCGGACAGCCCAACAAGAAGAUCGCUCUGGAGCAGAUCGGCAACUCCAACCCCCUGCCGGUGCCCGUGGGAAACCCCGCCGGCGGAAGAGCAGUGUUGGUGGAGAGCGGGCCGGUGGUGUACGAUGAUGCUGCCGCCGCUGCUGCUGCUGCUGAGGAGGAGGAGGAGGAUGAAGAGGAGGCGUGUGUCAGCGCCUUCGAUCUGCUGGGCAGCAACGAAUACGGCAGUGAUGGAGAUUAUGAUGAUUGAUGCAGGCGGAGGUCUUCCCUGGGUUUUACUCCACUGAACGUACAGACAAUUUAGGUGUAUCAGAUGUUUACUACAGGGACACAGAGUGGCUACAUCUACAGAGAGGAGCUGUGUGGCCGGGAGGAAUGAGAAUCAGGAGACAAUUGUACGUGUGCACAUAAAAUCAAAAGCUGGGGAAAAUCCCACUGCACAGUGCAUGGAUGCUGACGAAGAUGGUAAAGUAGAAAUUGAGGGAUACAAGUGUAUUCAUUAUUCUGGGUCGCAGGCUGCCUGUUAUGGUAGUUCUGCUAAAUCAAAUGGUGGAAAUAUUCCACGUUUGUUGAGUCGCAGGACAUUCAGGGUAAAGCUUGGAUACUGGAUUCCCUCAAAUUGUUGUUUCAACAAUGGCUAUUUAAAUGUAGUGAAGACAUACUUGACACUGCAUUAUAGUCAUUUAAACAAUAGUAAUGUACUGAAGACGUCUGAGACAACAUCACUAUAAACUGAAUUAAGCCUGGUAUUAAACUCGAUGUCUUUUGUCCCGCUAAAUAUCAGAACAGUGUGUGUAUGAGACUCAUUCAGGAUGAUUUCUGUAUCUGAACAACGGUGUGUCCUCGGGUUUAAAACUUUUCCACUUUGGUUGGUUGAGGUAAAAUGUAGCAAAAACUAAAUGUGGAAAUGAUAAAAACAUGUUAUCCUCAAACUCGCACUUUGCAUUCAUAACACUUGAAUACUUCCUUAUUAACUUAUUCCGUCUCAACGCUAAUAACCUAUAUCGUCUUUCAGCAAUGAAUUAAAAACAUCUGAUCAGGUAGCAUGAGAUCAAUAUUAAUGCCUUAGCUAGUAUUACAAAGAUGUUGCCUUGAAACAAUUGAAGGUUAUGUGCCAAUCUUUGCUGAGUGUUAUCAAAUCCCAAAAUAAUGACAUUUAAAUGUCAGAUCAAGUUAGUUUUUUGGAAUUUCAUGGUUUGGUUAUUUUUAAAGUUGGAAGUAAUUUCAUUUUGGGCUUUCCUUAAUUGUUUUUGGAAUAUAUUGAAUUGUCUAUGAUAAAUUACGAGAUUGUGUCAUUUGAUUUAUGUUAAAUAUUGUUCACAAUUUCCUGCCAUAGAAGCGUUUAGAGCCAGGCUGUUAAUGCUUUCUCUGCUAUAUUAUAUUUUCCAAAUAAGUGAGGGAUCCCAAUAAGAGAAUAGAUCUAUUUUUCAUUUUAGAUUUUAAGAUUUUUCUGUUGGAAAAUGAUAGUUGAUAGGUGAUAUAGACCGUGGCCUUUUCACUUUGUCCACACAACAGUAUUUACAGUAAUGAGGUGUCUCCGUUACCUCGACUGCCUCUGUGUUGCUGCUACAAAUCAUUGUGUUACAUCUGCUGCUAUAGUAAAGAAUUCACUACAUUGAAAGAAA